UUGUUCAGCUAAAAAGAACAGACCUUUGGUGCGCUUCUCGAGCGCACCUCGUAUUGUAUCGAUUUGACAUUUCAGCGGGUUAUGAUAAUUAUAUUGUAAAUGAUGAAGACCGAAAUAUAUAAUGAAAUAAUAACGACAAUUCGUAAUUUUCGAGGUCUAUCAAAAGAUUGUGCCAAAAUAUUAAGGGAAAAGUAUAAGAAUAUUCCUGUAAAUACACUGUACAGCAUCUUAUCUUUGGAAAUACAACAAAAAAUGAAAGUUAACCAUAUCAAACUAUUUGGAAACAAUAAAAGUUAUUAUAACAGUUAUUUAGAAGCAGUAAAUAACGGAGAGCCAACAGGGAUUUUGUUGAGAAUGGCCAAAGAUAUCGAUGCCUCACCUGCCUUAUUAGCACGUAAUGUCUUGGAAAAAUACUGCACAUCUGACAAUGCAAAUGCUUCCAAAAAUUUAAUUACCAAGUUGUUCAAGGAUACUACACUAAUUAGUGACAAGGAUCUUGCAUAUGAGGUUUAUUUGUGUUUAUUAUACGAUAAUCUGUAUGGACAUAUAGCUGAUGCAAUGGGAAUUUGCAUAGGACAAGAAUACGAAAUCAAGCUCGAAAAUAGUCUAAUACAAAGAAAUAUUGCGUUUCGUAACGAGGAACACUUACGAAUGCGAGGAUACGAUAAAACUCCCGAUAUCAAGUUAGAAGUGCCAAUUGCGGUAAACGGUUUUUUAAUCAACUGGAUUGAAUCUAAAGCACGAUUUGGUAACGUGGAAGUUCACCAGAAGUACAUGAAAGAACAGUUUUUGAGCUAUUGGAACAGAUUUGGGUCUGGACUGGUUAUUUAUUGGUUUGGAUUUCUCGAGAGCUUGAACAAAUCAACCGAGAAGAGAUUUAUCAUAAUGGAUCAUUUUCCUGAAAAUAUUACCUAUAUGAAUCCCGUUUGCAUUAAGCCUACGAAUACAUGACUAUGUGUUAUCAGUAUUUAUUCAUUUUAUAUAGAUUAUAUUUCCAAAACUUAGACACAUCUAGCAUACUAAUACAUUUCUUGACAAUAUCUAUCCUAGCAAGGUAAAUAAUCUCUUUUCAUGUUUGAUAAAUUGAAAUAACGAAAAUAUUUUUGUAUAUUUUUAUUAUUUUAAGAUUGUCAGAUUCAAAGUCAUUAAAAUAUCUAAGUCUUUUCAUUUAACUUUUUUAACCCUUUCAGGACGGGAGACAUCUUUUGAUGCUCUACAGCCUUCAUGCAUGUAUUAUAGAAACUAUCAAUCCAAUAUUCAUAAAAAUUAGUAUGUAGGAGUUUUUUAGGAUACUCUUUCCAAAUUUAAAGUAAAAAAAUGUAAAAUUUAAGAUAGUGGAUCAAAUAUGGCGAUUUUCAAGAUGCCAAAUUAUGUAAAUAUAACUCAAUUUCUGUGGAACUUCAUACUCUCUAAAUUUGAAUUAGUGAAAAUCUUGACUGAUUUCCAGUUUCGCUCUUCUUGGAAUCUUUUUGGAGUUCAUCAGUACCACAAAAACUUUAGUUAGCGGCAGAUUGGAACAAACGAUAUUUAUAAUAUAUUUACAUACUAUAUACACCCUAUUACUGACCAAAAAAAUAUUUACAUUAUAUUUACAUUACAUUACAAAAAAUAUUUACAUUAUAUUUACAUUACUUAUACGUCCAAAUAUAUACAACAAGAAAGAUUUACAUUUUAUUCACAUUUACUCAGUUAUGUAUAAAUUUUGCCAUAUUGGGUCCGCCAUCUUGGAUUACUAAAAUUUAAAAAAUCUAAGUUCAGAUUCGGAUUCAAUGACCCCAAAAACCCAUAGAAUACGUACUUCCCUAUAAUUAUCUCCCCGAGCAAUCCCCUGUUCUGAAAAGGUUAAAUUCUUUUUCAACACCUUACAAAUGACCUACCAUGUACUUAAGAUAGGUAAAGGAAUCAGUUAAAAUCACAGAAUAGAUAAAUAUAUAAUUAUAACAAUAAAUAGAUAGAUAUAUAAUUACAAUAAAUAUAUAUAUAUUUACAA